UCUGUUUGUCAUCCGAGACAAUGUUUUCCUCGGGAAGAUUUGGUUUCUGGCGUGCAAGCAACUUCGAGCAAACCUAUCGCUGCUAUUCAGCGUCCUCCUUCAACAGGCCACAGCUGGAAGGCGGCGACAAGGUGAUCAUGCCGGCAUCUGCUCUGGCUCGCCUGGCUACCAUGCGCAUCGAGUACCCUAUGCUGUUCGAGCUCCACAACGCCACCGCCGAGCGGACUUCGCACUGCGGCGUGCUGGAGUUCGUGGCAGAGGAAGGCGCGAUCAUCAUGCCUAACUGGAUGAUGCAGAACAUGCUCCUUCAGGAGGGCGACGUCGUGCGCGUCAGGACCGCCACCCUGCCCAAGGGUACCUACGUGAAGCUGCAGCCUCACACGAGCGACUUUCUGGACAUCUCGAAUCCCAAGGCCAUCCUUGAGAAGACUCUGAGGACUUUCUCCUGCUUGACCACGGGGAACAGCAUCGUGGUGGCUUAUAACAACAAGCAGUAUCACAUUGAUAUUGUUGAAGCCAAGCCUGCUUCUGCGGUUAGCAUUAUCGAGACGGAUUGCGAAGUGGACUUUGCUUCCCCUCUUGAUUAUAAAGAACCUGAGAAACCGCAGCCAACCGUUGUUCCUGCAAGCAAGGAAGUUGCUGAAGAUCAAGAAGAUAAUGUUGAAGAUGAUGAACCAAAAUUCAAGCCAUUCACUGGUUCGGCAAAACGGUUGGAUGGUAAGGGUUCAAAGCAACAAGCACCUGAAGUCCCUUCAGCUGCUGCGCCUGCACGUUCGGCACCUUCAGUCUCGAACAAAAGGGCAAAUCAGCAAACUGCUGCACCUUCAGGAGCUAGCACUUCCACACGCCAGAAAACAGGAAAGCUUGUUUUUGGUUCAAGCGCAAGCAAUAAGAAAGAAGCACAACCACAAAAGGAACCUGUUAAAGUGAGUGAGCCUCCAAAGAAGGAAGAACCGAAGUUCAACGCGUUCAGUGGAAAGAGCUACUCGUUGAAGACCAUCCCACCACCACUGGCCCGAUGGCCACCACCACCGGCGCCCCGCCCCGCCCCGCCCAGGCCGGUGCCGGCCACCUCCACCGCGCCUCUUCCCGUCGCCCUCACCCCGGAGGAGAUCGCCGGAGCAAUCCGCGAUCUCACCACUGCUGUCCAGGAGAUCCGCCUCUUCCUGGCCGGUCCCUACGGGCCACCGCCACCGGCGGCGCUGCUGCCGUGGUAG